GUUUGUGUGUGAGUGUGUGGAGGGGAGGGGGGGCCAGGGAAGGAAGUUCCGGUCUCCGCGACGCUGGGUCGGUGGCGGCGACUUGGGCAUAGGAGGAGGAGGAGGAGCAGGCCGCGGAGGGUUUACGCUGCUUCGGUAUUGUUCUAUAAAGUUUGGUAGGAAAAGGAUCUACUUAUUGAAGCCCUCUUGACAUAGAAAGAGAUGUGGGGGGAUUCUCGAUCUGCUAACAGAACAGGACCAUUUCGUGGGAGCCAAGAAGAAAGGUUUGCUCCCGGGUGGAACAGGGACUAUCCUCCUCCUCCCCUUAAGAGUCAUGCUCAAGAGAGACACUCUGGCAACUUUCCUGGCAGAGAUUCACUUCCCUUUGAUUUCCAGGGGCAUUCAGGACCUCCUUUUGCAAAUGUAGAGGAGCAUUCUUUCAGCUAUGGCGCUAGAGAUGGACCACACGGUGACUAUCGAGGAGGGGAGGGACCUGGACAUGAUUUUAGGGGAGACUUUUCCUCUUCUGACUUCCAGGGCAGAGAUUCAUCACAGUUGGACUUCAGGAAUAGGGACAUGCAUUCUGGGGAUUUUCGAGAUAGAGAAGGACCACCUAUGGAUUAUAGAGGUGGAGAUGGUACUCCUAUGGAUUAUAGAAGUAGGGAGACACCUCAUAUGAACUACAGAGACAGGGAGGCUCACACCAUUGACUUCAGAAAUAGGGAUGUUCCUCCAUCUGACUUUAGGGGACGAGGCACUUAUGACUUAGAUUUUAGAGGCCGAGAUGGAUCUCAUGCUGAUUAUAGGGGAAGAGAUUUAUCAGAUUUAGAUUUUAGGUCCAGAGACCAAUCUCGUCCUGAUUUCAGGAAUAGAGAUAUAUCUGAUUUGGACUUCAGGGAUAAAGACAGAACACAGGUAGACUUUAGAGGCCGAGGUCCAGGUACUACUGAUCUAGACUUUAGGAAUAGGGAUACACCACAUACAGAUUUCAGAGGGAGACACCGGUCCAGGACUGAUCAAGAUUUUAGGGGCAGAGAGGUGGGACCUGGUAUGGAAUUUAAAGAUAGGGACAUGCCACCUGUGGAUCCAAAAAUUUUGGAUUACAUUCAGCCAUCUACACAAGACAGAGACCAUUCAGAUAUGAAUGUGAGCAAGAGAGAAGAAUCCACACAUGACCAUACUGUCGAAAGGCCUGCUUUUGGUGUUCAGAAGGGAGAAUUUGAGCAUUCAGAAACAAGAGAAGGAGAAACACAAAGUGUAGUUUUUGAACAUGAGUCCCCAGCAGACUUUCAAAACAGCCAGAGUCCAAUUCAAGGCCAAGACAAGCCACAGCUUUCUGGAAGUGAACAGCAGAGUUCAGAUGCUGGUCUGUUUAAAGAAGAAGGUGAUUUGGACUUUCUUGGUCGACAAGACACUGAUUACAGAAGCAUGGAGUACUGUGAUGUGGAUCACAGGUUACCUGGAAGCCAGAUUUUUGGCUAUGGCCAGAGCAAGUCUUUUCCACAGGGCAAAACUGCCCGAGAUGCACCACGGGACCUUCAGGAUCAAGAUUAUAGAACUGGCCCAAGUGAUGAGAAUCCUAGCAGGCUCAUUCGAUUAAGUGGGGUACCUGAAAAUGCCACAAAAGAAGAGAUUCUUAAUGCCUUUCGGACUCUUGAUGGCAUGCCUGUAAAGGAGUUGCAGUUGAAGGAGUAUAACACAGGUUACGACUAUGGCUAUGUCUGCGUGGAGUUUUCACUCUUGGAAGAUGCCAUCGGAUGCAUGGAGGCCAACCAGGGAACUCUAAUGAUCCAUGACAAAGAGGUCAUCCUUGAGUAUGUACCAAGCCCAGAUUUCUGGUACUGCAAACGAUGUAAGGCCAGUACUGGUGGACAUCAGUCUUCAUGUUCAUUCUGCAAGGGUCCAAGGGAAGAGGUCAAGCAAGAAUUAGUAACCUACCCUCAACCUCAGAAAACAUCUGUACCACCAUCAUCAGAGAAACAGCCCAACCAGCCCCCACGGCCAGCUGAUAAGGAACAUGAACCCAGGAAGCGGGAAGAAGGUCCAGAAUCACACUUGGGACAUCAAAAGAGAGAAACAGAAAGAUACUUCCCUCAUUCUCGAAGGGAAGGGCUUACUUUCCGAAGAGACCGAGAAAAGGAGCCAUGGUCUGGAGAGACACGCCAGGAUGGAGAGAGCAAAACAAUCAUGCUAAAACGCAUCUAUCGCUCUACUCCACCUGAGGUGAUAGUUGAAGUGCUAGAGCCUUAUGUCCGCCUUACCACUGCCAACGUCCGUAUCAUCAAGAACAGAACUGGACCCAUGGGCCACACCUAUGGCUUUAUAGACCUUGAUUCCCAUGCGGAAGCUCUUCGGGUAGUGAAGAUCUUGCAAAACCUUGAUCCACCAUUUAGCAUUGAUGGGAAGAUGGUAGCCGUAAACCUGGCCACUGGAAAACGAAGAAACGAUUCUGGGGACCAUUCUGACCACAUGCAUUAUUAUCAGGGUAAAAAAUAUUUCCGAGAUAGGAGAGGAAGUGGCAGAAAUUCUGAUUGGUCCUCAGAAACAAAUAGACAAGGGCAACAGUCAUCAUCUGACUGCUACAUAUAUGAUUCUGCUACUGGCUACUAUUAUGACCCCUUGGCGGAAACUUAUUAUGACCCCAACACCCAGCAAGAAGUCUAUGUGCCCCAGGACCCUGGGUCACCUGAGGAAGAAGAGACCAAGGAAAAGAAAUCCAUCAGUCAAGGAAAGUCAAGUAACAAAAAAGAAGUAUCUAAAAGAGAUAACAAAGAGAAAAAAGACAGAGGAGUGACAAAGUUUCAGGAAAGUUCCAGUGAGGGGAAGGAACCCCCAGAAGAUGUUUUUAAGAAGCCCUUGCCUCCCACUGUGAAGAAGGAAGAGAGUCCCCCUCCACCUAAGGUGGUAAACCCACUCAUUGGCCUCCUGGGUGAAUAUGGAGGAGACAGUGACUAUGAGGAGGAAGAGGAAGAAGAACAGACCCCCGUUGUGCAACUUCGAGCAGCACAGCCCCAGCAGCGGGAGGAGCUGACCAAGAAGGAGAAUGAAGAAGACAAACUCACUGAUUGGAAUAAACUGGCGUGUCUGCUAUGCAGAAGGCAGUUUCCUAAUAAAGAAGUUCUACUUAAGCACCAGCAGCUGUCAGACCUGCACAAGCAAAACCUAGAAAUCCACCGAAAAAUAAAACAGUCUGAGCAGGAACUAGCAUAUCUAGAGAAGCGAGAACGUGAGGGACGGUUUAAAGAAAGAGGAAAUGAUCGAAAAGACAAGUUCCAAUCUUUUGACUCUCCAGAAAGGAAACGGAUUAAAUACUCCAGAGACACUGACAGUGAUCGAAAACCUGUUGAUGUAGAAGACACCGACACUAGUGGCAAAGGAGGCUAUGUUCAGCAAGCCGCUGGGUGGAGGAAAGGGAGUGGUUUGGGAUACGGUCAUCCUGGACUGGGUUCAUCAGAAGAGACUGAAGGCCGGAUGAGGGGGCCCAGUGUUGGGGCCCCAGGAAGAACCAGCAAGAGACAGUCCAAUGAGACUUACCGAGAUGCUGUUCGAAGAGUUAUGUUUGCUCGGUAUAAAGAACUUGACUAAGAAUGGGGACAAGUCCACAGGACAUAACCUCCUUUCUUUUGUUUCUCCAUCUCUCCUUUUGUUUUGUUACUGUUCUUGCUGCUAGAACUUUUUUAAAUAAACUUUUUUUCAAUGUGA